UCUCCUACCGACGUGAACAAGAGCCGGAGGUUACACCCCUGCAGGCUGAUAGCAUGGUCCAGUUGUUGGAGGGGAUCAGUAGCCGGCUGUUGGACAACCUGAAGGAAGUCCUGGUCGAGAGAACCCAGCUCACACUGGGCAAGGAGCUUGGCAAAGGAGAGUUUGGCUCAGUCUACGAAGGAAUCUUUACACCACAGGAAGGCACGGAUAUCAAGGUUGCUGUGAAGACCAUGAGAGUUGGAAUCCACAGCCAGCAGGACUUACAUGAGUUUUUGAGCGAGGCAGAUAUCAUGAAGAACUUUCAUCAUGAUAAUGUGGUCAGACUACUUGGGGUCACCUUACAAAGAGAGCAGGACUCUCCUCUGCCUGUUCCUCUGGUCAUCUUGCCAUACAUGAAACAUGGAGACCUGCGCCGCUUCCUCAUUGCUACACGCUAUGGUGAUAUUCCUAUGUUUGUGCCACAUCAGAGUCUCCUGCGCUUCAUGAUCGACAUCACGGCAGGCAUGGACUACCUGAGCUCACAGGGUUUUCUGCACAGAGACUUGGCUGCACGCAACUGCAUGCUGGGUGAUGACCUGAGGGUGUGUGUGGCUGACUUUGGCCUGUCAAAGAAAAUCUACAGCAACAAUUAUUAUCGUCAGAGAGUAGCAAUCCGUGUGCCUAUCAAGUGGAUGUCCAUGGAGAGCCUGUCUGAGUCCAUCUACACCACCAAGAGUGAUGUGUGGUCAUUCGGGGUGACAAUGUGGGAGAUUGUGUCCCGGGGCAAAAAUCCUUAUCCUGGAGUCCACAACCACGAGCUGCUUGACCUGCUGCUGUCAGGACACAGACUGAAAGCACCAAAUGACUGCGACCAGAAACUUUAUGAAGUGAUGCGGAGCUGCUGGGAUGAAGAGCCGACCCGGAGGCCUGGCUUCAGGGAACUGGGUGAGGCACUGAAAGGUCUUCUGUCUGAGCUGCCGGUCCUGGAGGCCAGCCAGGAGGCCAACUACAUCAACCAGGGCUUGGAGGUUGCUGCCGCCACUGCUGCUGCUGCUGCUUGUCAAGACCCACAGACAGACUUUGGAGGAAGAGAGGGAAAUGUCUACUUGCCCACUCCUGUGGGGGCUGCUGCAGCCAGAGAGGAAGAUAUGGAAGAAGAGGAUGGCUACCUUAUGUGUGUUGCUGGCUCAUCAGUUAAAGUGGAUUAAAGUGGACUUAAGAAAUGUGUUUGUGAUAGAAUGAUAGAGAUGUUGUAUGUGUGUAAACCGCUCAGGGACAUUUUAAAGUUGGGAGGGGCAUCCAGGGGGGGCAGAGGCCAGUCAUAAAUCUGAUUGCCCACCAUAGAUGCCCCCUCUUAUUAAAUCUGCAAGUUGAUGAAGAACGAGAAACUGUCAGAAACUAAAACCGUUUGCACUUUUUAAAAGAAUGUUUGUAUAUCUGUUACUAUAAAAUAUAUAUUUCUAGAAAAGGUACAGAAGUGUAUGGUAGAUCAUUACUGUCAGGAAAAUGAAAAACAUGUGAAAUAUUAGGAAUGAUUCAAAACAAUAUACUAAUGUUACAUUUUGAGAUACAAAGAUACAAUAGGAACAAAUGUUGACUUAAAUAAAUCAAAUUAAAUAAUAAAUCAAAACUGAUCAGAUACGAAGUCAAAAUGGUGAGCCAAGUCAGAAUUAAAAGAUAGUCCAGGCUGCUAUCUCAUAACUUUGACUCAAAAAGUCUAACAUGUGAUUAUAUGUGACUAUCUCAUAUUUAGAGUACCUCAUAAUUAAAAACCUAUCCAUUUUAGCACAGUAUCUCAUAAUGUUGGCCUAUCAUGCAUCAUCAUUUCAUCAUUCCUGACAUUCAAUCUGUUUUUCUCUUCCUGGUGGAAAGUGUCUUCCAUAUAUAUACAAACUUAUAGUUGCACUUUUGAGUGUGUAAAUGAUGACUUCCAGGGAUUUUGCUGUGACAGCAGCAGUAAUGUAUCAGAUGUAUUGUGUAGGUAGAACAUGCAUUCAUACAUAUCAUCAAACACAACAGACAUUUUGACUUGCCAUGAGUUAGUGCAGGUGUUACUAAUAACAUUAGUUGUAUUCAAGUGUCCAGUAAACAAUAACAGUGAGCCAACAUAAAUAAUACCAGGACCCUGAAACUGAAGCAACUAAAUGCAUCUCAGUUUUCAUUAAUUGUAUCAUUUAGAUGUGUGUUUCGUACUGUAGCAAUGCUGUGAAAAAGGCCUAUUCAAAACAGGCACUAUUUCAACUGAGGCUGGAUAUUAAGCUUUAUCAUUUACCCCUUA